GCCCUUCGUCUCGCCUAAGCCACGUUGGAAGUGGAGUGUAAUGCCCGGCCGAAAAGCCAAUUAUCUCUUCUUUCAUUGCGUUUUCUUUAUUUUUUAGUACAAGUUGUACUUAUUUUAGUGCUCUAUGUGUUAAUUAAACGUAAGGCCUGGGAUUUAUCUUUAGUUUCAAAGGUAAUUCUAGAAUUCUUUAGCCUCUCUACAAGUGUAGUUUGCGUGUGUGUUAUCUGUUUGACAAUUUGUUAUCAACAACUCCAAGAUGUUCUGAGCCAUUAUCAGUCUUGUUCAAUGUACGUUCCGCUUUUGGCGAUUAACGUUUUAUGAGGCCUCCUUUCAGCGUACCUGCCGGUGCAAAGCAAUACAAACCGGUAAAAUGAAAGUCAAGGAGCUGGAUCGAACCGUGAAUGUGGCAUGGUCUCCUGCCACACUUCACCCAAUUUUGCUAGCGACAGGGACUGCUGCUCAACAGUUUGAUGCCUCCUUCAGCACCGCAGCCGCUUUGGAAGUUUACUCUUUGAACUUGACAGAACCAGGAUUGGACAUGACUUUAGUUGCAUCCACUCCGAAUGAACACAAGUUUCAUAAGUUAGCAUGGGGAGCUUGUGGUCUUGGUUCCGAUAAUGCAGAUGGAAUAAUCGUAGGUGGUUGUGAUGAUGGCCGAGUUCAGAUGUACAAUGUCUCCAAAUUGCUCAAAGGAGAAAAUAGCAUCAUUGCUAGACAAGAUAAGCACUCGGGAGCUGUUAGGGCUAUUGAAUUCAACUCAUUUCAAACCAACCUUCUUGCUACUGGUGCCUCAGACUCUGAAAUCUUUAUUUGGGAUUUGAAUAACACAAGUGUCCCAAUGACACCAGGGACAAAGUUCCAGCCUGCAGAAGAUGUUGUUUGGGUGGCAUGGAACACGCAAGUUCAACAUAUUUUAGCCUCGACAUUUCCAACUCGAUGUGUUGUUUGGGAUCUAAGGAAAAAUGAACCAAUCAUCAAACUUAGUGACAGCACAUCUCGUGUGAGGUGGAAAGUUGUAGCUUGGAAUCCGGAUGUCGCCACUCAACUUUGUUUAGCCUCUGAAGAAGACCAAAGUCCUGUCAUACAGCUAUGGGAUCUUCGGUUUGCUACUUCUCCAAUCAAGACGUUAGAGGGUCAUCAAAGAGGAGUACUUUCAAUAAGUUGGUGCAGUCAAGACUCAGAUCUAUUAGCUAGUUGUGGCAAAGAUGACAAACUUUUUGUGUGGAACCCCAACAGUUCUCAUCAGACAGGAGAAAUAGUCUGCGAACUAUCAACAAGCAAUCAGUGGAGUUUUGAAGUUAGUUGGUGUCCACGGAAUCCUUUCUUAAUUUCUAAUUCAAGUUUUGACGGACACUGUAGCAUCUAUUCUCUAAGUGGUGGUCAGUGUCAGGCUCCAACUACAAACAAGAUAGCUGAUUCAUUUCCCGGAAUGGAACGACUUACACAAGCUCAACCAAUCGAUCAGCCCACGUAUCAUUCUGUUGUAGAUUUACGCAAACCGCCCAAAUGGCUAUCUAGGCCUGCAGGAGCUUCUUUUGCUUUUGGCGGUAGACUGGUUUUUUUUACAUCUGCAGAAAAGAAAGUAUUCAUGAGUCAAGUUGUAACAGAGCCUGAAAUAAUCAAAAGGUCUGAUGAAUUAGAAGUUGCGUUGCAGUCUGGUCAGUACAUAGAGUAUUGCCAAAAUAAAGUAGCAUCGCAUUCUGAUCCGCACACGCAAGACAUAUGGAAUUUCAUCGGUGCCAAUUUUCAAGUGGAUUCACGAGCUCAAAUGUUGAACUUGCUUGGCUUCACAGAAGAAUCAAUAAGUAAUCAAUUAAGCAAGCUUGUUAACAAGUCUCUCAGCAUAAAACAACCCGCGGAUGGAGACUUUUCCAAAGACAAUUUCUCGCAGUUCAACAAUGACCAACAAAAUGAAACAAAUUUGAACUCAGCCUCGCCUUUUGAUAGCAUCAGUAGGUCCUCGUUGUCUCCGCAAAGUUCGCCUAUCAAGAUUUCCUCUGGUGAUGAUGUUGAUGGAACCAUUUGUAAAGCUUUAUUGAUGGGGAACAUCAAGGAUGCCGUUGAAGUCUGCUUAUCGGAAAGUAGAUUUGCGGACGCUUUGGUUCUAGCAAAAACUGCGGGUGAAGAAAUCUACUCUAGGACCUUAUCCAAAUAUUUUCAUAAUCAAAGAUCUAAUUUGUCUAGUAUUAUAUCGGCUGUCGUUACAAAUGAUUGGGCGCCAGUUGUCUCCACCUGUGAUGUUUCAAGCUGGAAAGAAGUUCUGGCAGGGCUCUUGACUUAUUGCAACGAUGAUGAGCUAGCUGCUCUUUGUGUCAAACUCGGAGAGCGGUUGAAAACGGAAGGAAAUCCAAAUUGUGCCUUAAAAGCAGAGCUUUGCUAUAUCUGCGCUGGGAACAUCCAAAUGCUUGCUGAUGCAUGGAAAAAUGAUUCAUUCUCUCCAGCAAAAAUUCAGGAUAUUGCUGAACUAGUUGUUGUUUUGAAGGAGGCCCUGCAGAUACGUGGUAAACCAGUCAAUGUCUCUGGACAUCUUGCCAUCAUUAUGACUCAGUAUGCUGAAAUUCUUGUCACGCAAGGUGCUCUGAAAGCAGCUCUGGACUAUUUACGCUCCUCAGAUGAGGAACGAAUAAACGACUUACGAGAACGAUUAGAGAUUGCUUUGGGCCACAAACAAUUAAACGCACAGCCAGUGCGGUCGAACAACUUAUAUGGGAGACAAUCAUUGGGUAAUGUACCACCUUACUCAACAUCAAAUUUCCAACAGUCCCCGGCCAUGCAGUUUGGACAGUACACUCCCUCUGGAGCUUCUUAUAAGUCCCCUGCAUCAGGAUUUCCGCCUGUCAACAACCAGCAAAAUCAUCUCAAUCCUAUGUACGGAUCCGCACAACAGACAACUCCCUUGUUCAAUCCGCCAGGAUCAACAACAAAACCACCCGUUGCCCCAUCACCAUUCUCUCCAUCCAUCAUGCAGCCCAGCUUCAAUUCACCAUCAAUGGCUCCUCCGCCAACUGCCGCUCCUAGCACCUUGAAUCCUGUGACGCCUGCUUCAAGUGCCUUGCCUCCUCCACCACUCCCUGCAUCAGGAAGUUUUAGUGGUGGCAAAAGUAGCCCUGGUCCCAGUUUAUCUGCUCAAGGUGGUGUAUCAAGUCGCAGCAAAUACGUCGUAGAUCCUUCUGUACAGAGUGGUUACGGAGGGUACCGCUCACAGACACCUGCCCCAAUCACUGCUCAGCCCUCAUUCUCCACAGGUCCUGCCCAUCCAGGUUUUAUGAAUGUUAAUCAGCCCGCUUACGGUGAUGUUGCGGCUUCUUCCAUGCCAUUCACGCCGCCAGCGUCCUCUGCAAUGUACGGUGGUGCUCAGUCUCAAUUUGUUCCUAAUGCAGACGUUCCUCCAGUUGUGAAUAGACCUUAUGGUCCGACAGCUGCCACAAAUGCUGCUCCGCCAGGCUGGAACGACCCUCCAUCUCUCAGUGCCUCAUCACGGCAGCAGUCCAGACAAGAUUUUGCACCGCAGAAUCCUAUCACUCACCCUCUGUUUGGAGCAACACCACAGGAACAAGUGAUGUCUCCGCCUACAAACUACCCUCAGAUGAACGGUGGCUACAGGGAUCAAUUUAAUGCAACGCCUUCUUAUCAGCCAACUUAUCAGCCGCAAGCGGUUGCUCAUGCACCAGAAAUAAUGAAAAGUGAGCCUGAACCUCCUCGUCCAAAAGCUCCAAUUCCAGCCGAGCACCAACAACUUCAAACUGUUCUUGAGGAUCUGAGAAAUAGAUGUUACAACACUGCCCAAAAUCCACAAUCGAAAAGAAAACUGGAAGAAAUUUCUCGCAAGUUGGAAACGCUUUAUGAUGCUCUACGAGAAUCUAAGCUAUCAAACAACACACUAUCCAGUCUCCAUCAACUAGUUCAAUUAAUUCAAAUGGGAGAUUACAAUAGUGCCCUUGCUCUCUACACUCAACUCGCCUCUGGCCCUGAUUUCGCACAAAUAGCAAGUUUUAUGCCGGGAAUAAAAAUUUUGAUUCAGUCCGCUUUGCAAAUGAAUAUUUAUCUACAGUGAUAUUGAUCUUAAGCAUUGCUUGUUAUUUUUAUAUUUUGUACUCUGUUGCAAAAGCCAAGGUUUUUUAUUGUGUAAAUAUGUAGGUACGUACUUAUAAGUCAGACAUUUCCAUUUUGGUUUCUUGAUUUUCUCUGCCAGUUGCUGUUCUUUGCAAACAGCUAAGAUAGUACUAACUGCACUGACUCAAAUGUCUUUGCUGAUUGAAAAUUUGUAUCAUUACUACCGUAUGGGGUAGUAGUUUUAUUUAUCAAUGUUACUGAAGCAUCUGUGUUAGUGGAAAAUCCUGACACUUAAUUAGACUAUUAGCACCAAUUUAAGGCAAAGCUUUAGUAAUUGUUCAAAAUCGAGGAUUCUUGUCUCAAUUUUAGGUCAACAGUUGGUGUAACACUGUAACAGUUCAUCUGCAAUAGGGAAAAAAUCAUUUAUGCUUCGUAGACAAGAAAGCACCUAUCUGCAUAGGGAAACUAAUAGCAUAUACCUUGUUCCCAAAAUGAACUAGAAAUAUGUAAUAGUUUCUUAUUGCAAAAUGUAGUACAUCUCUUGUAUAAUGCCUCAAAGCUAUUCAGUUUUCAGCAUGCUUCAAGCAGGUUUGGGCAUGCAGUGUUCGUAGUCUGGGGAAACUUAGUUUUAUGGAGGCUGGGAUUUUUUUGAAGAAACACUAACAGUUGAGUGCAAUAGCAUUGUCCUGGAUAAUUUUCUCGGAUAUUUUAUGUUUUUUCUCGAUUGAAAGUUCGAGCCUUGUCUCAGUAAUUAGCAGGCAAGACAGUCAUACCCCAAAAAUUUUAAGUAAACGAAUGCAUGUAAUGUUGGUUUUUAUGGACUGUUUCUAAGUGGAGAUAAAUCUAUUUAUAAAAGACUUGUGUUUUUAUGAUAAUUUUUUAUUCAAGUCUCCGAAGUAUUAUUUUCACCCUAUUUGGAGUCAAUGAAGUCAAUAGAUCAGUAAGCUUAAAAAUUUGGCAUGUACAAUAAUGAAGGUUAGCUGUUUCUCUACAGAAGCUGUCAAAGUCAGUUGCAGAGUAAUCGGUUUUCUUCUAAGUUUUCAGAUUUUAUUACAAGCAUUAGAUUGCAAUCAUUUUAAACUGAAAUUUUGUGAUAACUUGAUUUUUCUUUUAAACUCACCCUUAAAAUUGAAUUAUUGAAUUGUUGUAAGUAAUUCCUUUUUUACCGUCCGGUUAUUUAUUCAAAAUGUCACUUUUUAUUUCAUUGUUCAUCAUAUGUUUAAUGAGAACUAGGCUUUACACUGUAGUAUUUAGAACUAAUUUCAAAUUUGAUCCAUGCAUUGACCAUGAAAAGUAAUCAUCAAUCAAAGAACCUAAUUAGAAUUUUUUAUGAAGGAUGAAGUUUGGAAACAAUCUUUUUCCAGAAACCUGUAACUUUUGUACCAAAAAUACUUUAAUAUCUUAUGUUCAUUGUUAAAAAUAAAAAGUUUAUUUGAAUAACUUCGAA